AUGAGCAAUUUCUACCAUCCUAAGAAGAAAACCGGGUCCCCCGAUCAAAUUCCACAUAUAUUGGGUCUCACUGCGACACCCAUUGUGCGCUCAAAGCUCAGUGAGAUGAACACCGUCGAAUACAACCUUGACGCCAUAGCUGUGACACCGACACUCCACCGUGAUGAGUUGUUUCACUUUGUUCAUCGGCCAGACUUGGUCCCUCUGGUUUACGAAAUGGACCCCCUGACCAAUGCUAGUACUGCUCUAGAGAGGUUACAACAAAUAUGCUCUGCUCACGCUGUCUCUCCCGCACCUACUGGCACUUUACAAUCCAGAUCUCCAAACCAACUUCCAUGGAAAGAGCAACUUUCCAAGUUUCGAACCAAGGCACACCAUGUUCUGGUCGAGCUCGGGCCUUGGGCCACCGACUUAUUCAUUCUGGAAUCGAUCAAAGUCUUAAACAAGUCGGGUUGGGAUAACGGUGACCUCUUAGUCAACUGGACGGAUCAGGAACAUCGAAUUCUCACAAAACUCCUCUGCAAAGAUCCCGUGCUCUCGCAACUUCAGUACAAUAUUGCACCGAGUGGUGACAAAAUCUCAAAGAAAGUGGCCUGUCUAGUAUCCUUCCUUGGCUCGAGAGACGCGAGCCAGAGCACAGCUAUAAUAUUCGUUCAACAGCGAGUGAUCACUGGUCUCCUGAGCAAGCUCCUCUCCGCCCAUCCAUCCACACAGGGGAGUUUUCAGUGUGCGGCAUUUGUUGGCAUGUCUCAAAAUCAGAGUAAAAAGUACAGUUUGCCAGAACUCCUCGACCUGAAGGAACAGCGGCAAACCCUCGCCAGUUUCCGUGCGCGAGCCAAAAAUGUGAUUGUUGCAACCAAUGCCUUGGAGGAGGGCAUAGACGUACAAGCUUGCAACCUUGUCAUCUGUUUUGACCUCCCGCAAAACUUGAAGUCCUUCAUUCAACGGCGGGGCCGGGCUCGAAAGGAAAAAUCCGUGUUCGCGCUCAUGUUUUCGGAAGAGGAAUCCCAGGAUAGGCUGGCAGAGUGGAAAAAACUCGAGGACGACUUACAGCGCAUGUAUCAGGAUGCCUCAAGAUUAAGGGUAGAAAUACAGUGCCUAGAGGACAGUGAGCGGGUGAAUUACAUACUCAAAUCCCAAAGGACCAGUGCAAUGCUCACUGCCGACGACACUAUGGCCCAUCUACAUCACUUCUGCGCUAAGCUGCCCGUCCAACCGUUCUCCGACAUGCGACCGAUGUUCUCAUACAAGCAUGGGCCGCCUGGAUCGGAGGAGAUAGCUGCCACCGUUACCCUCCCAAACUGUGUGGACGCCUCGGUUCGCGUUGCCACAAGUCUUCAUAAAUGGAAGACAGAGAAAAACGCAGCGAAAGACGCCGCGUUUCAAGCUUACGCCGGGUUGUACUCUGCCGGCCUUCUCAACGAGAACUUGUUGCCACUUUCCCAUGAUUUCGAGAUGCAGUUAGACGCCUCGGACAAGCUUGGAUCCCAAGUCGACAUAGACCUGGAAUACAAUCCGUGGCAGCUUGUCUCUGAAGCCUGGUCAUCGACAUAUAUAUACGACCUUGUGGUGCAGUUCAAUUUCCAUGAACACACCGAGCGAUCGCCUGUCAAAAUGAGGCUCACCUUACCCUGCGAAGUGCCUAAUUUACAACCGCUGAGGGUGCAGUUAGCCGCGGAUGCGGCUGUCUGUAUAACAUUUCAGCACGAUUGCAGACGAAGAAUCAUCACUCUGACCGAUAGGGACCUCAUGAGGAAAGCGACGCAUAUCAUCAGCCGCUCAACUCAUUCUGACUACAGUUCGGACAACAGGACUGAUUUCCUGGCUCUUUUCACGCCAGUCAUGGAAGACGCGAUGAUACAGAUCUGGCUUAAUGCCAACAAAGGGAGGAUCAAGGCAACGGAGCUUGUGAACAUCUCUCGCAACCUGAUCCCUCGUGGGUUCGUCCGGCACUCGACAGAGGGACGACAACCCCAGAUUUUCAACUCGUGGAUCGUAAAUAAGGAUACGGCUGCCUCAAUUCCGCAUCACAUUGCAUGCACUCCACUUCCAAACAGAAGAAACUUCAUGAUUUCUCUACCCGGGGACUCUGCGGAGGGAAAACUGAAGAGGAUGAGUGACAACAACGAAGAACCCCCGAAACUCAACUACUAUCCCCUCGAGGAAUGCACUAUAGACCGUCUCCCCGUGGGAAUCGCACGGCUCAGUCUUUUGCUCCCAACGAUGCUUCAACAGAUCGCCAACGCGUGGAUCGCGGACCGGAUGUGCCAAACAGUUCUGAAAGAAAUCCCGUUCCGAUCUCGAGAUCUCGUCAUCACCGCUAUCACUCCACCGAGCGUGCAGUGGUGUACCAACUACGAAACGCUCGAAUUUCUCGGCGAUUCGAUUUUGAAGAUGGUCGUGACUGUGCAGCUGUACAGCCGCCACAAGAAUUGGCCAGAAGGCUACCUCACGCUGAAAAGAGCCGUGUUGGUGUCGAACCAAUAUCUGGCCCAGGCCGCGUUGAAAGCAGGCUUGUCUGCAUUUAUCAGGACGACUCCCAUUUCCUGGAGAAAGUGGUCGCCAAUAUUCAUAUCGGACGUGGUGGCCAAACCGUCAACUGCUGCCCGAACGGUCCGCAUGAAAGUCCUGGCGGACGUUGUCGAAGCCCUCAUUGGUGCUGCUUUUGUCGACGGAGGCUUCGCCUCAGCGGAAAUCUGUAUUCGUCAUCUGCUUCCUGGUCUAGACCUUGAACAGAUAUCCUUCGCAGUCCAGGCAAACAAGGAGCAAGUGAUCGCCAAUCAAACCAGCCUGGAAAUCGUUAUCGGAUACAAGUUCAGACAUCCUUGUCUGUUGGUCGAGGCGUUGACGCACCCUUCCUGCGAAAGGGAUCCAUUCUCCCAAUCAUAUCAGCGCCUUGAGUUCCUUGGAGAUGCGGUGCUCGAUUUAAUCAUCGCGUCGCAGCUCAUGGCGCACAAGACUGCAUCCUGGUCACCUGGAGCGAUGACCCGCAUCAAAUCAGCGAUGGUAAAUGCCCAUUUGCUUGGGUUCUUCUGCAUGGAAUUUUGUCGUACCCAAGAAUUUGACUUCGUGCAACAGCAACAACAACAACAACGGACGGACGUGAGUUUUAAGAUUGAGAGAGAAAUAACCGAGGUCCGGCUCUGGCAACUCAUGCGCAGUCACAGUGACGCUGUCCGGGAUCAUCGAAUGAAUAGCCUCGAUCGAUUCGAGAAACUAGGUGCAAGCAUUCGACGGCAGCUGGACUGCAGUUCGGAAUAUCCCUGGCUUGACUUGUCCAUGUUGCGGCCUGAGAAGUUCUUCUCUGACAUUAUCGAAAGCCUGAUAGGAGCCAUAUACGUAGAUUCCAAGGGGUCUCUCGAAAAAUGUGCAACUUGGCUCGAUUACAUUGGCCUCAACAAGUAUCUCCGACGCGUCUUGGACGAAAAUAUUGAUGUCGUUCAUCCGAGGACGAAGGUGGAUUGGAAGACAGGCGCACAGUCUACUGAGUAUAGAGUCAGCAAGAUGGUUGAUCUGGCGGAGAAAUUUCAGUGCGUCUUGUUGGUUGAUGAGAAGGUCAUCGUUGAAGUUGACGGGUACGAUACUUCUGAUGUUGCAAUUGUUGCUGCUGCUCAGAAGGCGCUCAGUAUCCUUCCCUGA